AUGGCGCAGUCAAAGCUUCAUAUAGCAAUGUUCCCAUGGUUUGCCUAUGGCCAUAUGACACCAUAUCUCCAUCUCUCUAACGAGCUUGCUCAAAGGGGUCAUAAAAUCUCAUUCUUAUUGCCUAAAAAGGCUCAAACUCAGUUUCAAAAUGCCAAUCUCCAUCCCGAACUUAUCACCUUUUAUGCAAUUUCUGUUCCUCAAGUUGAAGGCCUUCCUCCCGGAGCGGAGACAGCCACUGACAUACCCCUUUCUCUGGUCAAUCGCCUGGCCGCUGCCAUGGACCUUACACGCGAUGAAGUUAAUCAAAAGCUUCAUGAAUUGAAGCCGGAUUUCGUUUUCUAUGAUAUCACGCAUUGGAUGCCUGAAUUAGCUUUAGAAAUAGGAUUCAAAACUGUGUGUUACAAUGUUGUGGGUGCAGCAUCUAUCGCGAUAGCUCUUGUCCCUGCACGGAAAAGUACGAAAGACGGAUCUGUAUCCGAUGAAGAACUGAUGGAACUUCCAGCCGGGUACCCAGCUUCUUCAACGGUGGCGUUACGCAAACACGAGGCUCGUUCAUUGUCGUUUAUUUGUAUGGAAUUUGGAGAUGGGAUAACAUUCUACGAGCGUAUCACGACGGCCAUGAGAAACUGCGAUGCAAUCUCUAUUAGAACGUGCAGUGAGUUAGAAGGCCCCUUCUGUGAUUAUAUAGGAAACCAAUAUGGGAAGCCAAUGCUUCUAACAGGGCCUGUCUUGCCUGAGCCAACAAAAGCACCUUUGGAGCACCAGUGGGCUGAAUUUCUCCACAAAUUUGCGCCAGGCACAGUGGUAUUUUGUGCAUUUGGAAGCCAAUUGAUCCUUGAAAAGCAGCAGUUCCAAGAACUAAUUUUAGGGUUCGAACUCACGGGCCUGCCAUUCUUAAUAGCCCUGAAACCUCCCGUUGGCUGCACAACAAUCGAAGAGGCGUUUCCCGAGGGAUUCGAGGAGAGAAUUCAAGGCAGAGGAAUAGUACACGGCGGAAUGGUUCAACAGCCACUGAUAUUGAACCACCCAUCAGUAGGCUGUUUUGUGAGCCACUGUGGAUUUGGAUCAAUGUGGGAGUCUCUGAUGAGUGGGUGCCAAAUAGUGCUUGUACCACAUUUAGUUGAUCAGAUAUUGAACACCAGAUUGUUGGCAGAAGAACUGAAAGUUGCUGUGGAAGUUGAGAGAGAUGAAAAUGGCUGGUUUACGAAAGAGGAUUUGUGCAAGAAUAUCAAGUCUGUAAUGGACAAAGACAGUAAAAUAGGUUGCCAGGUUAAGGAAAACCAUGCAAAGUGGAAAGAAACCUUAGCAGAUCCUAGUUUUAUGAAAAACUAUAUAGAAACUUUUAUUAGUAGUUUGCAUGAAAUUAUGGAGGAAUCGAAAUAA